AUGUCGAAAAAUCCUGAUAUUAAACAUCUCUUGGCUCCUGCUAUAGUUGUGCCACCGAAAACGAUUCACAAUGUAACUGGAGCCCAAGUCUAUCUAUCCUGUGAAGUGAAAGCAGUUCCAACACCAAUCAUCACUUGGAAGAAAGUCACUGAGUCCCCAAAGGGAGUUAGGCUCUUGGAGGAAUUGCCCGGAGACAGAGUUAACAUGGCUGUUCAGGUUCGAGGUGGUCCUUCUAAGCAUGAGAGCACCGGUUGGGUUUUGAUUAAUCCACUGACAAAAGAUGAUGAGGGCGUUUACCAGUGUCAUGCCACAAAUAUGGUGGGAGAAACACAGGCAGAGGGGACUAUUAAAGUCCUACACCAGAAUAAAAAUAAGAAGGAUCACUUCCCAGCAUCAGAAGACGCAAAGUAGUAAGGAGACAUCCUCCUGUGGGAUCGGAAUUGAACACUAUCUAGAAGCCAAUGAAUUAGUGAAUGCUUUCUUACUUUCUGAAGACUAGAAGAUACCAUCUUAAUCUUUUCUUGAGUAAUAGCGAUAUUUGUACCCCCUUUUUUAGUGUUUGAUGAAUAUUGAACAUAUAGUUAGUAUGUAACAAAGACAUAAUAAAAGCA